AUGAGCAAAUUUUGGACGUUUCUCACUGCUCUUCACUCAGCCGCUGGGCCCAUGGUGAUGCUGGUGUACCCAUUGUACGCAUCGGUGAUAGCAAUGGAGAGCGCGACGAAAGUAGACGAUGAACAGUGGCUUGCGUACUGGAUUAUAUACUCGUUUCUGACAUUGACUGAGCUGAUUCUGCAAUCGGCUUUGGAGUGGAUUCCGAUUUGGUAUACUGUGAAGCUUGUGUUCGUGGCUUGGUUGGUUCUGCCUCAGUUCCAAGGAGCUGCUUUCAUCUACAACCGUCUGGUGAGGGAACAGUUCAAGAAGCACGGUCUCUUCCGCUCCAAACCCACCAAGCAAACCUUCCUCCACUCUGUUUUCCCCCACCGGGAGGGACACGAGGCUCACUGA